AUGGAAACGCGGCCCGCCGUCCCGGAUUGGACGGUUCGCGGGUUCCCCCUGGAGGCCACCUUCUGGUCCUGCUGCGGAACGACGGGCGGGCCUUGGAGGCGGGGAGAGGGGGUGUCGGGAGUUGUAGGCGAUGGGCGUGGCUGCUGCGGAGCGGUGCACGCCGGGAGUUGCAGUUCCCGGGCGAGGCAGUUGGCUGCCCCACACCGACCUCGGGCAUCACCCGGAUGGCGGCUGCGACGCGCGGCUGCCGGCCCUGGGGCUCGUUCCUCGGGCUGCUCGGGCUGGUCUCGGCCGCGGCCGCCGCCUGGGACCUGGCUUCCCUGCGCUGCAACUUGGGCGCCUUUUGUGAAUGCGACUUCCGGCCCGACUUGCCGGACCCCAAGGUUCGCGUGCCAUGUGCAUAGGCAGCUUGGACAAACGUAAGGACACAGGAGUGCCAGACCACGUUCCAGACAUGACGUUCUCCUUGAACCUCUGCCUUGGUGGGAUGUGUCCUCACCAUCCUCCUGUGGCCCUAGGUCUGGAGUGUGACCUGGCUCAGCACCUGGCCGGCCAGCAUCUGGCCAAGGCGCUGGUGGUGAAGGCGCUGAAGGCCUUUGUGCGGGACCCAACCCCCACCAAGCCACUGGUCCUCUCUCUGCACGGCUGGACCGGCACCGGCAAAUCGUAUGUCAGCUCCCUGCUGGCGCACUACCUCUUCCAGGGCGGCCUCCGCAGCCCCCGCGUGCACCACUUUUCUCCCGUCCUCCACUUCCCCCACCCCAGCCACAUCGAGCGCUACAAGAAGGAUCUUAAGAGCUGGGUCCAAGGGAACCUCACUGCCUGUGGCCGCUCCCUCUUCCUCUUCGAUGAGAUGGACAAGAUGCCUCCAGGCCUGAUGGAAGUCCUGCGGCCUUUCCUGGGCUCCUCCUGGGUUGUAUACGGGACCAAUUACCGCAAAGCCAUCUUCAUCUUCAUCAGCAACACGGGUGGCGAGCAGAUCAACCAGGUGGCAUUGGAGGCGUGGCGCAGCCGGCGGGACCGUGAGGAGAUCCUCCUGCAGGAGCUGGAGCCGGUCAUCUCCCGCGCGGUGCUGGACAACCCGCACCAUGGCUUCUCAAACUCGGGCAUCAUGGAAGAGCGCCUCCUAGACGCAGUGGUACCCUUCCUCCCGCUCCAGCGGCACCACGUCCGGCACUGUGUGCUCAACGAGCUGGCCCAGCUGGGCCUGGAGCCAAGGGAUGAGGUUGUCCAGGCUGUGCUGGACAGCACCACCUUCUUCCCUGAGGACGAGCAGCUCUUCUCCUCCAACGGCUGCAAGACCGUGGCCUCUCGAAUUGCCUUCUUCCUCUGACUCCCCGGGUGGUGUCCGUGACCCCCCUGAUGGCCAGGCCAUGCAGAGAAGGCCUGGGACCUCUGUCACAGGAACCCAGAGCACCAAGUGAGAUGAACGGAGUGUCGGCUAGGCCACGGGACAGAUGGCUGGGAAAGGCCCUGGCCUCUAAACUGGCUCGAGAGCAUCUUGGCCCCGGCCACCUUCCCCAGGGAAACCCUUGGUCACCCCAGAACCUCAACCUUCCCCUGCAGCCUGAGCCUUCUGACUGUGAAUUAUAACUCAGGGACUGUGGCUUGUGGCGGUGCUCCCUCCUCAGUCUGCCACCCUUGCCCCUUGCUUCCUUGGUCGGGCACCAUACCCCCUCCCCUCCACCCCACACCCUGUGUCCGUAUCAAGCCAGGUGGAGCCUUCUCAGUUUCCAGAAAUGGAGGGACUCAAGCUGCCACUUGGGCCUGGUUUUAGAAGUUUUUAAUUUUGUAAAAGAAGAGAACAAGUAUAAUAAACUCAGCUGUGGGACCAGA